UCUUAUCUUUGGUGGAAAAUUAAACCGGGUUUUUGCUACGGUUUAGGUUUUGGGCUACGUCGGCGGCUGGCGAGUGCCUCCUCCUCCCGCCAUGACGUCCGUCCGCUCUGCCUUGUCGACUGCCCUUCCUCCGAUCCGUGCGGCGGUGUCUCGUAUGAAGCAGGAGAUGGUGCGGCGGGAGCUGGAGAACUGCCACCUCCUCGCCGGGAUCUGGUGCCACGGCCUUACGGUGCGCCAGCUACAGGCCCUUCGUGGAUCGCUUCCUCCCACCGCUAAGCUCAUCGUCGCCAAGAAUACGCUCGUGGAGAAGGCCAUCGCCGGCACCAGGUGGGAGCCCCUCCAGCCCUGCGCCAAGGGGAUGAACGCCUGGCUCUUUGUUCAUUCCGACGAGAUCCCUCCCUCUCUCAAGCCCUGCCGCGAUUUCCAACGGGAUUUUAAGCUCGCGCUCAAUGACUUCACCGGCGCCGUCUUCGAGGGCCGCCUUUACGGGCCCGACGACUUUCAGGCCCUCGAGACGAUGCCCACGCGGAUGGAAUCGUACGCCUAUUUCCUUGGUUGCUUGCAGACUCCCGCUGUCUCCCUAUUGAGCGUAUUGGAGUCGCCGGAGAAGGGUUCUGACCAAGCCGCUGAAGGAGCCGCUGCAGUAGCCACUUCUGAGAAAUAGAAGCUAGAUAUUUGCAAUUUAUUGUUGUGCUGACUGAGAAUGAAUCGAGUUCCUUACAUGAACAUAUCCCAAGCAAAGAUUCGGUGUGCUAGUUUUCAUAAGCUUGGUCCUGGAUUUUAAAAAUUCUGGGUUGUAUUACCCUUCGCCCGGAACUUCUCCCUUGCCCUAUGGUACUCAUCCAUGGCUCAAUCAAUCCAUUUUUGUUUUGUUUAGAAUAUUUUGUCAUGAAAAUAAAUCUGCACUGCCUUUCAACAA